AUGGCCACCAAAGUGAAAGUGCAGGAGACAAAUGAGGAGUUAUUCCGCCAGAUGGAGGAGAAAAGCCUCAAGCUGAUGGAAGAGUUCAAAAUCCAAGAUAGCACCUCGGAAUCGCGAGGCUACAUACGUGGUGCCGCCUUUAAAUAUCAGGUGGUCCCAGUGGGGCAACCCACGCCCGAUGAAGGCGCCCUGGUAUACACCACUCAACCGCAGGGCUGCGAACCCGAGGCAGGCAUGGUCGAAUGCAUCCUGCAUAGCAGUGCAGCGAAGAAGGAGUUGGUGGACUAUCCAGGCUAUCCAACCCCGAUCCCCCGUGCAGCAGAUUUGACGGCGCCGUGCCCCUAUCGUAUCGUCGAGAUCCCGUCGAAGGGCCUGGGUAUGGUCGCUGCAAGAGACCUGCGUUUCGGCGAGCUUAUCAUCAGCGAGCGGCCCCUCCUGAUUAGCCCCCAAAUCUCGAAGAUAGACUUUAUCAAAUGGACGAACACGACCACUCCGAGGCAGAAACAGGAAGCGGCCUGUUUCGAGUCGGAGAAGAUCUACAAGGUAGCUUUUGAAAGGAUGGACCCAGAGGCCAAGGAGACGUAUAUGAAGCUUCAUAAUUCGCACAAACAUGAUGGAAGCGGCCCCUUACUAGGUGUCUCGAGGACGAACUCAUACGGCGUGUUUGCCUUACAAGGGGACGAGUAUGGUGGCGUCUUCAAAGACGCGAGCAGGAUCAAUCACAGCUGUAGCCCUAAUACUAUUCGCCACUUCGAUCGCCCUUCGCUUGCGAUGCUAAUGGUCGCGGCGCGGCCAAUCAAAGAAGGCGAAGAAAUCACUGCGCACUACUGCGAUCCGCUUGCCCCCUACGCCGCUCGUCGAAAGUCGCUUAAGCCGUAUGGCAUACGCUGCGAUUGCCCCGCCUGUCUGGAUCCCGUCAAAUCCGACAAGAUAAGAUAUCGUAUCAGCUGUGUGAAAGAUGCAAUCCCCGCCAUCAUCAAGUGGGCAGGCAACCCCAAGCUUCCCGACCAUCUCCUACUCGGGCCGUCUUUGGAGUUGUUGGAGCUCAUGGAGGCCGAAGGGCUGGAGGCUUCGAAGGCCUACGAACAAGUGCUGUACCACCUCUUCCUCAUCUACUCGGCUCUGGUUAUCAGGGGUAAAUCCGAGCCCAGCGAAGUUCGGAUCUAUCAGGAGAAGUGGAUACAGCUGCAGACCAUGAGGCGCCGCGAUAGGGAGGACGUCUGCGCUCAACUUAUGGAAGACACUAUCAGAGUCGCGUUCGCGGCCCAACAACACCUAGGCGAGAUGAAGAUGGAGGAAGUCGAACCAAGGCGCGACUGA